AAUGUAUGAUUAUAUAUAAAACCACAGACCUCGACAGUUUGUGGACAUUCCGGAGUGAACAUGGCAGUUAGCAACUUUCUUCUGGUACUGAGUCUCCCUUGUGUUGGCUUGACCUUCUCUGUCAGUAGUAUCCAAAACGAGAUCCAAGAUUUGAAGAAUGGACAAGAAGAAAUAAAAACUUUGUUAAAGGAGGUUUUAUAUCAGUUCAACAAAACAGAGAAUACCACACAAACGCCGAAAAAAUCUCUGAAUUGGAGUCAGUUUGGAAGUACUUUGUUGUCCGUAGAUAAGUUGACAUUUAAGGAGCAAGAAAAAGUUUUGGUGGAAGUGGAACUUUCACACUCUCCGCAAACCGAGGUGGAGUGGAUUGUAGACUCAACAAUUAUUGGAGCAAAUGAAUAUAAUUUCGGCACCACGACCACAGGGAAGGAAAACAGUACCUUAUAUACAAUUUGGUGUUCAACGUCUGUGAAGUUUCUUGAGCUGAUAUCAUUAAGCACCGACAACUUUAUCACCAGAUAUAAUAUCGAUGUAAAUGCACUAAACGCAAAAAAAUAUUAUCAGAGUGUUUGUCAGGGAGCAAUUGAUGACAUCAACAGCACCUCCGUUGCUGCCUAUUUCCGCUGUUUACCGGAAUUAGAUUCGAAAGAUUCCUGGUACCAGAGAAUGGCGAUUUAUGCUAAAUAUGAAGAAGAAAAUGAAAUCAUAUUUAAAUUUUUGGAAAGUGAGCCAAAUCCAUACAUUAACGUGACGUACGAGCGAAAUUCAACUGCGACAGGAACAGUGGUAUUUUCUAACCAAGCUUUAGAAAAAUUUAAAACUUUUCUGUUUUUGGACAGCCACUUGACCUUGAACGUGAACGACGUGGUGAGAUCCAUAACGUAUAGAUAUUUACAGGAUAUCAGUCCAGAAAAAACAAAUGACGAAUUUGAGUUCUUAGAAAGUAUUCCAAAUCAAGAACCUCUAGAAGGUGAAAGGGUAACAAUAUCUUGUGACGUUCUAGGAAGAAACCCUCCUCCCGUUAGAGUUGAGAGAGAUGGGAUGACAAUAUCAGAUACAGGUGAUGUUUACAUUACCAGCAGUAGGUCCACAAGUUGGUCAACAUCCUAUGUAACAUACCUUCACGCAUCAAAAGAAAUUGAGGGGAACUACACGUGCGUCGCAGACGGCAAGAGCAGAGAAGUGUUUCCAUUAUAUAAUAUUGAAUUAAAACCUAAAGUCAGAUGGGAUCUCAUGUAUGACGCCAACGUCACAGACGAGAGCAAACAUCUUGUGCUAGAAGGAUCUGAAGGUCUGGAUGUAUCAUGCUCCACUUUUGACAACGAUACCGUUGUUGUUUUUGACAAAGGUCAACGGAUGACUUUGACAAAAAGGACUGAACGGUUAGAGGUCUGGAUCCCACGGCCAUCACAAGAAUUGGAACCUUACAGUAUGUGGCACAUCAGUUGUACGGCGACAGAUAAAAAUGGGGAAAAUACUUUUGAAUUGUAUAUGUGAACCUAAAUUUUGAAAAUCCAGAAACAUUUCAAUAAAGUAAAUGUGCAUAAUAAU